GCGAAGCAAAACUGCAACUGCCAUAACAAUAAAAACCAAGCGUUUUAUUGCAUAAGUAUUACACCGACCGUUUCUUUCUGCUAUUACAAGACACCGGGAAUCCCGCUGUUUCACCGGAUUCUCCGACGAUGCAAUCCCUAGCGUUUUCUCACCGCCUAUCUCCUCUUCCUGCCACCACCUCCAUUGUCAUUUCCACCAGAAGACGACCUCCGAGCUCCCUCGCUUGUGUCCGUCCACUCAAGUGCAUUUCACUCUUGGACCCUUCCUUAGUUGCUGAUGGAGUGAGGUUCGCAGAAGCUGCUAAGAAUGGAAAUUUAGUACCACUUCACUAUUGCAUAUUCUCUGACCAGCUAACUCCAGUUACUGCUUACCGUUGCUUGGUUAAAGAAGAUGAUAGAGAGGCUCCAAGCUUCCUUUUCGAGUCUGUAGAGCCUGGUUUUCAGGUUUCAAGUGUUGGACGCUACAGUGUUGUUGGAGCUCAGCCAGCAAUUGAAAUUGUGGCAAAAGAAAAUAAGGUUACAAUAAUGGACCAUGAAGAAGGGUCUCUGACGGAAGAGUUUGUUGAAGAUCCAAUGACAAUACCAAGAAGUAUUUCAGAGGGCUGGAAACCCCAAAUUAUUACUGAACUUCCAGAUACCUUUUGUGGUGGCUGGGUUGGCUAUUUUUCAUAUGAUACAGUGCGAUAUGUAGAGAAGAAAAAGCUUCCAUUUUCAAGUGCUCCGAAGGAUGACAGAGAUCUGGCCGAUAUACACCUUGGCCUAUAUGAUGAUGUGAUUGUAUUCGAUCAUGUGGAGAAGAAAGUCCAUGUGAUCCAUUGGGUAAGGAUGGAAAGACAUUCUUCUGUGGAAGAUGCUUACUCUGAUGGAAUCAAGCGAUUAGGAAAAUUGUUGACCAGAGUGCAGGAUAUUAAUCCCCCAAGGCUAUCUGCAGGAGCUGUAAACUUACAAACUCGCCAUUUUGGCCCCUCAUUGACAAAAUCUAACAUGACAUGCGAAGAGUACAAGGAGGCAGUAUUAGAGGCCAAAGAACACAUUUUGGCUGGAGAUAUAUUCCAGAUAGUAUUAAGUCAGCGUUUUGAACACCGAACAUUUGCUGACCCAUUUGAAGUCUAUAGGGCACUGAGAAUUGUGACUCCCAGUCCUUACAUGUCGUACUUGCAAGCCAGAGGGUGUAUUCUAGUUGCCUCAAGUCCGGAAAUUCUUACGCGUGUAAAGAAGAAUAAGAUAGUUAAUCGGCCAUUGGCUGGAACUAUCAGGAGAGGGAAAUCAACCGAAGAAGAUAAAAUAUUGGAGGAGCAUCUGCUAAAUGAUCCAAAACAGUGUGCAGAGCAUAUAAUGCUGGUUGAUCUGGGCAGAAAUGAUGUUGGAAAGGUCUCAAAAUAUGGUUCAGUAACGGUAGAAAAACUUAUGAACAUUGAAAGAUAUUCCCAUGUCAUGCACAUAAGCUCAACAGUUAAAGGAGAAUUGCAGGAUAAUCUCUCUUGCUGGGAUGCUUUGCGUGCUGCAUUGCCUGUUGGAACUGUUAGUGGAGCCCCCAAGAUGAGGGCCAUGCAAUUAUUAGACCAUUACGAGGUUAACAGGCGAGGCCCAUAUAGCGGAGGAUUUGGUGGAGUUUCCUUCCUUGGCGAUAUGGAUAUUGCCUUAGGACUGAGGACAAUUGUGUUCCCGACGGGAGCACAAUACAAUACCAUGUACCUGUAUAGAAAUGCUGAUAUACGGCACGAAUGGAUAGCAUACCUUCAAGCCGGUGCAGGCAUAGUUGCGGAUAGUGAUCCUGAAGAAGAACAUCGUGAAUGCCAAAACAAAGCUGCUGGACUUGCACGUGCCAUUGACUUGGCUGAGUCAGCUUUUAUUGAUAAGCCUGUGACCCAGAAAAGUAUAUAUAUGUUGAGCUGAAUCCUCCUUGUACACAUUUUCUGUGCUGCCCUACCUUUUAUUUGUAGCGAUCGACAUGCUUGGUGGGUAAGCUAGUGUUGCUUGAGAAGGAAAAAGAUAUAAAAAUGGAAAGAAUUUUGCCUAGUAAAUAUGUCAAACUAAGCUUAUGUUGUGUACAUAGGACCGACACAAACAAUGUUCUUAUAAUAUAGUUGGUGUUUUUUGCAUGUA